GAUUUUGGAUCACCAAUGAAAAUGAAUGUAAGUUCAGUUGUCACUGAUUAUUAUGACUUUUUUGUGAUGUUUAUUUUCACACGGUAUCUAUAUCUUCAAUAAUAUUUAUAAUAUUUCAUCUAAUCAUAAUGAAAUGCAACGAAAAUGAUAAAAGCAGACCUCGCAACCACAUGAAUGUGGACAAUUUGGAUAAAGCUCUACACGAUUUAGGCAUGCUUAGUGCUAUAACAGAGGCGCGCCGUGAGUAUCUGAAAGAAUCUAAAUCUAAUUUCAGUGUGAUGCGUUUAAAUACGCGAUACGUUUCGAACGUCACUGUUGGCUAUUGUAUGAAAAGAAGUGCUAACAAAAGUAGAAUGUGUCCCUAUGUCUUACCAGUCCGACAUAGGACGAAGAGUGAGAACUCUGAUGCUGUCGGUAGUGAUAUACAUGAUGGCUGUGACUUCAAAUACAGUAUAUUAGAGCCAUCCACUAGUAGUGCUAGAGAAAACUUUGAUAAAAGUACAAAAAGAUGUCAAUCACUUGAGAAUCUCAAUUUGAUCAUAGACCCACCCCCAAAGCCUGAAAUAUCACCAGAUAUGGAUUGUAUGUCUACAAGGAUCCAGAAAUUACAAGUUGAUGAAUGACAUUGAAAUUUGUGGUAUGUCUGGAUGUAUGGUAGCUAUAGAUUAGAUGUGUAACUUAUGUGUCCAUUUACCAUUUGAUAUGUGUGUUUAUGAGACUUUUGUUCCUAAGGCUUGUUGUAUUUUUUGUUACAAAUUAUGAUUAUCAGACUACUAAAGUUUUUGUAGGACACUAUUUAGAUAAUAAUAAAUGAUUAUGAGUGUGAUUAUAACCUAAUUUUAACUUAACUAGAAAUAACUUUAAAUUAAAUAAUCAAUGAUUUGCUAACCCUUUAAUAAUCCUUUAUACUUAAUGUCAGUAGCACUUCAUGGAGAUGCUAUAUAUGCAUCUAAUAUAUAUGUUUUUAAAUAACAUUCAGUUCAUUUAAAUUGUAAAAAAACAUAUAUAAAAAGGCUUCCCUGUUUAUUUUAAGUGUAGUUUUAUUUAAGUAAAAUACAAAUGU